AUGGAUUUAUUGAAGAUUUUGGAUACAGCGCCUGAACCCGCAAUAGUCGAUGCCAGGACAAUGGGUGUAUCCGGUGACACAUCUGGUGAUUACUGGUUACCUGCACCAAUGUGUUUAUAUCAGAAGGAAUUGACGGAUCAAAUUGUUUCUUUGCAUUAUUCAGAUAUCUUGAAGUAUUUUGAAACGACGGAUUACAAGGAAGAUGUGGUACUGCAAUCCAUGAAGACUAUGUGUUUAAAUAGUCAAUUAGUAGCUACUCAUCCCUAUCUAUUAAUUGAUCAUUUCAUGCCAAAAUCUUUGUUAACAAAGGAUAUUCCGGUACACUUGGCAGAAACCAGUGGUAAGUUUGCUGUUUUGAGGGAUCUGAUGAAUCUUAUUCAGGAGUACGAAACACAUACAUUGAUAGUAUGUCGGCCUGGGCGGACUAUGGAUUUGAUUGAAGCUUUGCUACUAGGGAACAAGGUGAAUAUUAAACGCUACGAUGGUCAAUCAAUUAAAUCAAAGCAGAAGAAAACGAGGUUUUCGUGUACCUGUCAUUUAUUACCGUCGGAAGCAGGGGAUGAAAGUCAGUUAAUGAUUGACCCAAAUAUUCGUUUAAAUCUGAUGAUUUGUGUUGAUCCAACUGUAGACACCAACAUACCAUAUAUUCAACGAAUUUUAAAGCAGCACCAAUCAAAAUUUGGGAUUAAAAGUAUUGUUCCCACAAUAAGGUUGGCUGUCAUUAAUUCAAUUGACCACUGUGAGUUAUAUUUUGGUAAAACUUUUGACCGAAAUACUAGAGAUUAUCUCGUCAAUGUAAGCGCAGCAAUGGUUGUUCUACGAGAUGUGGUUGGAACACUACCCCCUGACUUGAGGCCAAUAUACUCUCAAAACUUGAGAUAUCUAGUUGAUUGGUUAGAUAUUCCUGAGCGACCCUGGCCGCUCCCAGACGUUUACCCGAUCAAAAUUUAUACUCCUAUGGACGUUGAAAGAUCUUUACUGACUGAAGUGAAAUACACUCAAACAAAUGAUACACUAGAGGAGGCAUUUUCAAUUGGUAAAAAGCGUAAUUUUAGAUACAAUGAUAAUGAUUCUAUUGGGAGUAAUCCACUAAGUUAUUACCAGAAUAAGAGAUUGAAGAAUGACUACAUUACAAACCCAUUGAGACAGGAUAUGGCACAGGUCACCGGAAUUUAUAGUAGUCAGAUCAUUGAUAGUAAUAUGGAUUAUCAUUUUUCAAGCGGUAUUUUAACUCAUAAAUUGAUUCAAGCCAUUGGAGCCGCAUACGACAAUUUAAAGAAACAGAAUACCGAGGUGGAACACUUUAGAAAUGCGGAGGGAAACCAAAAAAGGCUUCUUGAACUUCAUAAGAGCGAUCUGUUCGAUAUCAACAGAAAGUUAAAAGAGUCAACUGAAAAGAGAUUGAAGAAUGAACUCGAGGUCCAAGGAUAUCUUAAACAGUCAGAAGCUAUGCGCAAUAAGAUAGAAAAUUUGGAAACGGACAUAGAUAAUUUAUUCAAUGCUCUUUCAUCUCGUAAAGGUGAACUGACAAGUGUUCUAAAAGAAACUAUUCGAGUUGAACAAGAACUGAAGGGACAGGAACACGCAUCUGAGAUCAAGUCUGUUGAAACAGAUUAUAUGGUAGGUGAAAUAAAAAGAGCUACUGAUUCGAUUGAAAAUAACGAAAAGGAAAAAGAACAGCUGAUAGAGGACAUUGAAAAAUUAGAAAACCUAAUUCAAGAGAGCAUCAUACAGGAUAAAAAGCGACAUGAAACUACCAAAGGUAAAAUAGGAUUAUUGGAAAGUGAUAUCGCAAAAGAAUGCAAGGCUAUUACAGGACUAAAAACUCAAAUGACGAUCAUAAUGGAAUAUUUAAAACAAUUGCAAACGCCAAGGGUCAGAUCUCCGGCAAACGGAAAUAAAAUUAAGCAUAGAAAUCAAGUAUAG